GCGCGGAGCCGGGCGGCUGCGGCGUCCCCGCGCGCGGCCGGGCCAGGUAGGAACGCGGAGCCGCAGCCGCCUUGGCCAUGCGGCUGCCGGACCGGAGGCCUGGGCUGGGGCCCGCGCCACCCCCUGCGCGCCGCCCCCGCUGAGUCCGCGCCCCACUGGGCGUAGCAGGCACCAUGGUGCAGAAGUCGCGCAACGGUGGCGUGUAUCCCGGCACUAGCGGGGAGAAGAAGCUCAAGGUGGGCUUCGUGGGGCUGGACCCCGGCGCGCCCGACUCCACUCGCGACGGCGCGCUGCUCAUCGCGGGCUCCGAGGCCCCCAAGCGCGGCAGCGUUUUGAGCAAGCCGCGCGCGGGUGGCGCGGGAGCCGGGAAGCCCCCGAAGCGCAACGCCUUCUACCGCAAGCUGCAGAAUUUCCUCUACAACGUGCUGGAGCGGCCCCGCGGCUGGGCGUUCAUUUACCACGCCUACGUGUUUCUCUUGGUCUUCUCCUGCCUUGUGCUUUCUGUAUUUUCCACCAUCAAGGAGUACGAGAAGAGCUCAGAGGGGGCCCUCUACAUCUUGGAAAUCGUGACCAUCGUGGUGUUUGGCGUUGAGUACUUUGUGAGGAUUUGGGCUGCGGGCUGCUGCUGCCGGUAUCGAGGCUGGAGGGGCAGGCUCAAGUUUGCCAGAAAGCCGUUCUGUGUGAUUGAUAUCAUGGUGCUGAUUGCCUCCAUCGCUGUGCUGGCUGCCGGCUCCCAGGGAAAUGUCUUUGCCACAUCUGCGCUUCGGAGCCUGCGGUUCCUGCAGAUCUUACGUAUGAUCCGUAUGGACCGGAGGGGUGGCACCUGGAAGCUCCUGGGAUCCGUGGUGUAUGCUCACAGCAAGGAACUGGUGACUGCCUGGUACAUCGGAUUCCUCUGCCUCAUCCUGGCUUCCUUUCUGGUGUAUUUGGCAGAGAAGGGUGAGAAUGACCACUUUGACACCUAUGCAGAUGCACUCUGGUGGGGCCUGAUCACCCUGACGACCAUUGGCUAUGGGGACAAGUACCCUCAGACCUGGAACGGGAGGCUGUUGGCCGCGACGUUCACCCUCAUUGGCGUCUCAUUCUUCGCCCUUCCUGCAGGCAUUUUGGGAUCUGGCUUUGCUCUGAAAGUCCAAGAGCAGCACCGGCAAAAACACUUUGAGAAGCGGCGGAACCCUGCAGCAGGUCUGAUCCAGUCUGCCUGGAGAUUCUAUGCGACUAACCUCUCACGCACCGACCUGCACUCCACAUGGCAGUACUACGAGCGUACAGUCACUGUCCCCAUGUACAGCUCGCAAACUCAAACCUAUGGGGCCUCCAGACUCAUCCCACCUCUGAACCAGCUGGAGCUGCUGAGGAACCUGAAGAGCAAAUCCGGACUCACUUUCAGGAAGGAGCCACAACCAGAACCAUCACCAAGUAAAGGCAGACCGUGCCGAGGGUGCCUGUGUGGAUGCUGCCCCGGACACUCUAGUCAGAAGGUCAGUUUGAAAGAUCGUGUCUUCUCCAGCCCCCGAGGCGUGGCUGCCAAGGGGAAGGGGUCUCCCCAGGCCCAGACGGUCCGGCGGUCCCCCAGUGCUGAUCAGAGUCUCGACGACAGCCCAAGCAAGGUGCCCAAGAGCUGGAGCUUUGGUGAUCGCAGCCGUGCACGCCAGGCUUUCCGUAUCAAGGGUGCUGCAUCCCGGCAGAACUCAGAAGAAGCAAGCCUCCCCGGGGAAGAUAUCGUGGAGGACAACAAGAGCUGUAACUGCGAGUUUGUGACCGAAGAUCUCACCCCUGGCCUCAAAGUCAGCAUCAGAGCUGUAUGUGUUAUGCGGUUCUUGGUGUCUAAGCGAAAGUUCAAAGAGAGUCUGCGCCCCUAUGACGUGAUGGAUGUCAUUGAACAGUACUCGGCUGGACACCUGGACAUGUUGUCCCGCAUCAAAAGCCUGCAGUCCAGGAUAGAUAUGAUUGUGGGCCCCCCACCCCCUUCAACUCCCCGGCACAAGAAGUACCCUACCAAAGGACCCACGGCCCCUUCGAGAGAGUCACCCCAGUACUCACCUAGAGUGGACCAGAUUGUGGGGCGGGGCCCAACAAUAACGGACAAGGACCGCACCAAAGGCCCAGCAGAGACGGAGCUGCCCGAAGACCCCAGCAUGAUGGGACGGCUUGGGAAGGUGGAGAAACAGGUCUUGUCCAUGGAAAAGAAGAUAGAUUUUCUGGUGAGCAUCUAUACGCAGCGAAUGGGCAUCCCACCAGCAGAGACAGAGGCCUAUUUUGGGGCCAAGGAGCCUGAGCCGGCACCACCGUACCACAGUCCGGAGGACAGCCGUGAGCAUGCGGACAAGCAUGGCUGUAUCAUUAAGAUCGUCCGCUCCACCAGUUCUACAGGCCAGAGGAACUACGCUGCACCCCCAGCCAUGCCCCCUGCCCAGUGUCCUCCGUCCACCUCAUGGCAGCAUAGCCACCAGCGCCACGGCACCUCCCCUGUGGGAGACCAUGGCUCACUGGUACGCAUCCCACCACCUCCUGCGCAUGAGCGGUCGCUGUCUGCCUACAGUGGGGGCAACCGGGCCAGUACCGAGUUCCUGAGGCUGGAGAGCGCCCCAGCCUGCAGGCCCCCUGAGGGUGCCCUGCGGGAUAGUGACACCUCCAUCUCCAUCCCAUCUGUGGACCACGAGGAGCUGGAGCGCUCUUUCAGUGGCUUCAGUAUCUCCCAGUCCAAGGAGAACCUGGAUGCUCUGGGCAGCUGUUACGCAGCCGUGGCGCCGUGUGCCAAGGUCAGGCCCUACAUCGCGGAGGGGGAGUCUGACACAGACUCAGACCUCUGCACACCGUGUGGGCCUCCCCCACGCUCUGCCACUGGCGAGGGCCCCUUUGGAGAUGUGGGUUGGGCGGGGCCCAGGAAGUGAGACUGGGCUGGGCUGCUGGGCCCCGUGCCAUACCCACUCUAGGUCCUGAUUUGGAGCUGGAGUUCCAGGGCCUCUCCUAACGUGACAGAGUGACAUAGAGCAGUGUGGAUUGAGGGGAUGCUUGUGGGAUCUGGCUCUCAGGGCUCAUGUGGAGUGAAGAUGAGGCAGGGCUUCUUGGCACACAUGGUAACAUUUUAUCGAAGUUCUUUUCCAACCAAGAGGGGGAGAUUGAGGCGGGGCCCUGGAGGCCCCAGGAGCUACCUACUACAGUAAAGCUAGCCCUGCUCGGUCUUCUUGGGGAACAGAUAUCACCCUGUGUGUGAGGAGCAGCAGAAUGAUGAUAGCACCUGUAAGUGGGCGUGUGGCUGGGAUCAAGUACAUGGGAGAUAGCGGUAAAGUAGGGCCUGUCUGCUGCUGAUAGCCAGUCCUGAGGCCCAGGGGUCUCCCAGCAUAGGCUGGAAGCUCAGGAGGUACCAUAGGUUGCUGGGAAUGGUCCACCCUCACACCCGACUGCUUAUCCCCCAGUUCCUGACUGCCCCAGUAAAGCAUUGCCAGGCCCACUGUUUGUGUGUGGCUAGGAAAUGCCCCUCAUCCCUGGGCUUCUCUCUAGAGAGCUGCUGGUCAGCAUCUUCCUCUUCCAGGUUAUGUGGAAGAUCAGGACCCUUUUCCUGGAGCUGAGGAAGGGAUGAGUCCUUAGGGGCCAACCUGGAGCUUAGAACUGACCCUUCGGCCCCACCCCUGGCUUCCACCUCUUAGGGGAGGACCCAGCCCACAGCCUUUUUCUGGAAGGGUUUCUGUGGGAGGUUCUGGCUGCCUCCUCCCUGGCACUGUAGCCCGGGAGGUCUGGCUUGGCACCCUCAUGGCCUCACUUUUUCUUGGUGUGGCGCUGGUCUUCAGGCUGUAGCCAGUACGUCAAGAGAACCAUCUGGUGAACAGACCAGUGCUGUCCUCAGCUGGGGCCUGCUGCCCACUUGGCUCUACAGAUCCAGGCAGGGCUGAAUGGCACGACCUCGUCAAACUGCCAGCUCUUUCUCCACGAGAGCAUGUCCUCUGUGCCUGGUCAAGGAUCCUUCCCACGGAAGCUGGCCAUCCACAGUCAUUCAUCCACUCGAGGUCCCUUGGCUGUGGCCUCUGAGUGUUUGGGGGAAUUGGGAACACCUUGUCCUCUGCUCUGGUGAGCAGGACUCUGUUCAUCUUGUGAGUGGGCCAUCUCGGACCGUAUGGCAGCCAGCUCUAGAGGGAGACAGGUAGAGUCCUCAGCCGUGGUCCUGCAACAUCUGGCACAGGGGUGUCCAGCAAUGAAUGAUAUAGCAUUUUGGGGCCCCAGUCUCUAUGAGGCAACAGCAUUCCUGGUCAGUGAGGACAAGGCUGGAGAGCUUGAGCCUGGGAAGAGCUCUAUCCACUUCUCCCCCACCCCCUUUUAAGUGUUGUGGAAGGGGUAGAAGCACCUUGGGGGGAUAACCUCAGCAGGAGGUACCCCAUCCCCAAGGAGAACUUGAGGUCAUGUCUCUGUGAGGGACCUGGGCAUCUGGGGAGCUGUGUCUGCUAUCUGAUGUGGCCUCCAUGUCCUCCAUGUCAGGGUUUCUAGGGACUGCACCUCAGGAUGCCUCUGCCGGGUGUCACACUCUGUGCCCCUUGGUCCCCUAGGGCCAGUGCCAUAACCAGCUCCUUGGUAUGAGAGAUGUCUCUUCCUAUGUGGGCGUGGCGGGCAAUGUAGACAGGAAGAGUAGCUGCCCCUUCACUAGCCUUCUCUUGGAGAGUUGAGCCUGGGCUCAGACCCUCCACCUGACACAUGAGUCCAGGGCAGAGGGGCAAGUGCACCUGCCCUGGACAGACCAGCCGCCAGAGUACUUCUCCCCUAGACCUGGGUAGGCAUAGCUGUCUCAGCUCUAGGGGAUGUGGGAAAGAGAUUUGCAUCUGUCCUACAUGGUCCACACAGUGUAUCCUGCCUCGUGUGCAUGGCCCCACAUCCUGCCCCAGGGCUGCUGUGGAUCCAAGAGCCUGGGAUACUCUGAGCUGAGGUUUUGUGGGAUGAAGGUGGACAGGCACCCUCCCUUCCCCAGAAACCCUGACCAUACAUAAUCUAUCAGAAACCCUCAUUUAGGUUACAGUAAAGAGAGACAGGCCGUGGCCUGCUCUGCAAAUGAGGAGUACUGGUCAAGGCUGCAGUGUUGGCUACUCAGAGCAAGUUCAUCUCGAGGGGUAACAUGGGAACCCUAAUAUGAGAGAUAACCGAACCCCUUCUUGGGGACCUAGACCAAGGCCCGAACAACACAAAUGUCCACUGCCUUGGCAUCCCCCCCUCAGGGAAACAGGACAGGACGGAGGCUAGAAGCUCCUAUAAGAAAUUUGUGCACUUUCUUGGGUAUUCACACAUAACCAAGUGUGGCUGAAGGUCAGCAGCUGCCCCAUGGCAAAAUUUUCCCCAACACAUUCCCUCACAUGCCUACCAGCACAUACCCAUACACUGGGCAUGUAAGUACAUUCAUAUAUGUAUACACAAAAGCUUACAGACCACGCUUUCAUAUGCACGCACAAGUAUACACACAGAGACACAAGUGUACAUACAGCAGGUGUACUUUCUAAAAAUGUAAUCCUUGUUACACACAUACACAUGAAAGCUCACACAGUUUGACAGACCACACAUACAUACAUAUAUGCAUACAUAUGAACACAUGUAAACAUACAGGCUUGUAGGUUACAUGUUAAUUCUGCAUGUGAACAUACAGCAGGUAUCCACCUUUAUACCUGCAUAGUCACAUAUAUGAACAUGUGCACACACACAUAUGAGUAACCUGUAUGUCUAAUGUAUACACACAUGUAGGCUUCAGCCCCCAACACUUUAAUCUUUUUGUCUUUGGCUCUUCCUAAGGGAGCUACCUGGAGGGGGUACCACAAGACUUAACGAUGAAUGUUCUAAAGUGUUGAGCACUGACUGGGUGGGAUGGAGCCCGUUGAAUUCCCACACUGCCUUCUCCUUGGACUAGCUGGUAGCUGUCUGUAGGAGCCAAGAGAGGCUGUGGCUAGGUCAGGGUGAAGCAGUUCUAGUGCCUGCUGAGGUCCAGAUCAGUCUUUGCAUUGGGUCAUUGUUGGUAUUGGCCAGUUCUCAGUGCCCUCCUGCAUACAUGCCUGCUUCAUCAUCCCAGGCUGUGAUCGAUGUUUUCUGGCUUAACUUCUUCCUUCCGGACCUUUUCAAUUGGCCUCCGGGAAGUGUACUCUUGUCUACCAGGGCCAGAAUACCUGGGGUGAGGGGCCAUCUGCUGUCCUACAUGUGAUCUGGGCAGACCAAGUGUCCAUUAAGCUAGCUGUUACCCUUUUGCCAAAUGGGUCUCUUUGGAGGGCACUCUAAGCUGUAGUCAUCCCCAGUCCCUAGAAAUGGGGCACUCAUAUCCAGGACCACCGUUCACCGUUAAUGCACUGGUUUAAGGUUUUUUUCCCCUUGAGCGGGUGGCUACAGAUUCGGAAUGUGGAAAACGAGGCCAACCUGCCUUCUGCCAUCCCUACUGGGUUUAUCCUAUAUCAGGGGCACUGUGAAGAACACCCUUGCUUUUUGUGGAAAGAAGUGGGCCCAGAGAUGUCUUUAGACCUCAGAGGUAAGAGAACCUGGGACAGGAAUGCUGUUCUGAAACACCGGAGAUUGCGUCUUUCAGUUUUCUGGCUGUAAGUAGUGCAGAGAGUGGAGGCUAAUACACUUGCCCAUGGCUCACACCCCAACACCAACAGGACAACAUGUGGGCCUUUCUCUGAGGCCACAACCUCUUGAAAUAAACAUGAAAAACUUGGUUUGAACAGUGGGGCCCACAGAAGAAGGACCCAGAUAUCUGGGGCACCUUGCAUUCCGGCAGGGUGGGCUGGGUUAGAGUGGAGAAUCAAUACACAGAACACCCCUGAAGCCCAAGCUCACGUGGCUGGAAUGAUGUCAUCUGCUCCCACGAUGUAGAGACACUGGCCUUCUGCUCACCUGAGACUUCCCAGAGCAUAGGACGUAGGAUGUGGGGAAAGAGGUCCAAGAAGAGUCUGCAGGCACGUCUGUCUGUCUUUCUGUCCCAGGUUCCUAUUGUGCCCCAGCUGAGCUUCCCGGAGGAGGUAUUAUGAUGGAAAUGAGGGUGCCUCUUCUUUCUGAGGAGUCUUCAGCAUGUGCCCAACACAUGCCUUAGGCCCUAGGUUUAGGGGGCCCAGUGUCCCUGUGAGUAAAUAAAUUGGGGCCACAGUUUGAUGAAUUUUGCUUAUCUAUGAGGUGGUUCUAGCAACAGGCCUUGGGGAGCACCAGGAAUGGGAGGAGAGAGAAAGGGUUACAUCCUAGGAAGGAGCUCUGUCUUAGAUGCUCCUGGUGUCCUGGCUGACAGAGGAUACUGGGCCUGACCUAUGACUCACACCGAAGCUCCCCUGGUGUCUAGCUCCCUAUCAGAGAAGGGAUAGUCCCCAGGCUGUUCUGGGACUCUUAGGCAGGAGUACACACUGCUAACACCGCACAUCCAAUUGGGACUGGCUUUUACAAAGUUGUUGCCUUAAUGUAUGUUGAGGGAAGUUCACCAAGGUCACCCCUGCCUCUGCCUGAUACAGACACACUGGACUCCACCUCCAGGUCCUGCUACUGGGGAAGAGUGCCGGUAUGAUGGACUGCCCCCAGCAGUCCCACACGGAGGGGCUCAAAGCUGUGAUCCCCUUGAUAUCAUCCAUCUGCCUGGGAUGGUUCCAUAUACAGUACAGCGCACCCUGCGCUUCCAGCCCACACUUGCCCAUUGCAGUCUUGUCCCCCCUGGCCGCAGCUGCGGCUGCAGCUUCCCCAUCUGCGCUGUUGCCUUUGGCUGUCUUUGCACUUUUGUUCAUGCUCCAAAGAAUAUUUCAUAAUGCCUUCAUACUGACGUGCACCCUAAACAUUUUGUACGUGCCCUUGGGCCACAGCAAAUGGCCUUCUCCUUUUGGCCAGCGUGCCGCCACCUGCACACUACGCUGUCUUCUAGGGAUAGAUGCCCAGGGAAUGAACUCUAGUUUUCUAACUGACUAGCUGAAAUGCUAACUUACUCGACAUGAACAGAAUGGCACUUGUGCUGUGUGAGCGAGCGGGCCAGUGUGUGCUCGCAGGGAACUUCGGGGCAUAAUCCCGCAGCAGGGAUGCAUGCAGAUGGUUCUGGAAAGUUUUGCUGCCACAGGGCUGAGUUCAGAUGCCCAGUGGACCUGUGCACUUAGUAAAACAGUGAUUCAACUUGAA